AGUCAGCAAGAAAUCACAUUCCUGAUGCAACCGGCAGUCCCUGUUGGGGAAGGCUCCUUCGACUUCGGGCUGUUCCUGUAGUGACUUAGAGAAGGGCUCCGAUAUUGCAAAAUGCCUAGCUUGCUGAAGAAGACUACAUUUGGAAAGUGUUACCAAGCACACCAGCACUCGAAGAAAUGAACAAGGAGAGCCGUGCCACACUGGUCCUGAUGCCCUCCAAAGUACAGUCUGGAAAUUGACAAAGUUGAAAUCAAAAUAUAGUCAUAACCUUUUUUGGAAGAGUCGGACACAAAAAGGCACACCAUUUUCAGGACAGUGAAGGAUGCGGUGGGUCAAAAUGCAUCUUAUAUCUGGACUCUCAAGUCUGAUGUAAGUUUCCAUUAUGUUGUGUAUAUUUUUCCCUAAGUAUUUUGAGUGCUGUUUGAUUCUGCAUCCAACUGAAGUCACAGUAGACCAAAGAGUAAUCAUUAUGAUUAGCAUUUCUACUGUGGGAAGUUGCCUUGUAAUUUCAGCUUGAGAUUCUUUUUCUUUUAUAAAUGAAGCAAACUAAUAACAUGCUGAAAUUCGUGACCGACAUCUGUGGCAAUGAGGCAUAGUACGGCACAUGAACUAUAAGCAAGAGCAUAUCCAAUUGAUGUGGGAUAUAACACUGGAUGUAUUUUUAAUCAACUUUUGCGAUGCAGAAGAGAGCACCGACACCCUGGACGGCAAGCGAUCCGAAUGGUGCUGCAUUUAAAACGGUGCCAAUGACCCGUAUCAAUCGAAUGAGCUACAGUUAAGGAAGUUCUGGUGGUUGGUUACAAAAGUUUUAUUUUUGUUGUUGUUGUUUUGCUCAGAGCACAUUUUCCCCUCGGAAACCUCCAACCUGCAUCUUCUAGCCUACAAGAUCUUUUUGAUUCCUUUUCACACCAGAUUCUGUGGUGAGCUGUAUGAAACUCUGGAGGAAAACUGAAAGUAUUCCAGCCUGUCUUUAUAUCUUGCUUUAACGAUGGGGGUAAAAACAUCAUCAGAGAAAGGAGCCCAUCGCUUCCAACAGCUUUACACGGCAUGGGGAUACAGAGACGGAUGGUGACCAAAAGCUUCAGUUUGCUCUCUUUUCCACAAUUCCAUCUCCACCAAGCUCAGGCUUAGAAAUGGAUAUUCUUUGUGAAGAGGAGAGUACUGUGACCCAAACUGCCAACUCCCUAAUCCAACUAAAUCAUGACCGAAGCCUGCUCAAGGCAGAUUUUAUCUCUGGAGAGGCUAACAUUUCUGAUGUUCUUAACUGGACGGUGGAUGCUGAAAACCUAACUAACGUUUCAUGUGAAGGAAAUCUCACUCCACCCUGUAACGUGCUCUUUCAUGUCCAAGAGAAAAACUGGCCAGCCCUGCUGACGGCUGUGGUGAUCAUUUUAACUAUUGCUGGAAACAUCCUCGUCAUCAUGGCAGUCUCACUGGAGAAAAAGCUGCAGAAUGCCACCAAUUAUUUUCUGAUGUCCCUUGCCAUAGCAGAUAUGCUGUUGGGUUUCUUUGUUAUGCCAGUGUCAAUGUUAAACAUUCUGUAUGGAUACAACUGGCCUUUCCCCACCAAGCUCUGUCCAGUGUGGAUAUAUAUGGACGUGCUUUUCUCCACGGCCUCCAUCAUGCACCUCUGUGCAAUCUCGCUGGAUCGCUACAUUGCCAUCCGAAAUCCCAUUCAGCACAGCCGCUUCAACUCGAGAACCAAGGCGUUUGUGAAAAUAAUAGCUGUUUGGACCAUAUCCGUGGGUAUUUCAAUGCCAGUGCCAGUAUUUGGACUGCAAGAUGAUUCCAAAGUCUUUAAAGAAGGAAACUGCUUCCUUGCAGAUGAGAACUUUGUUCUGAUUGGCUCUUUCGUGGCUUUCUUCAUUCCCCUAACUAUUAUGGUGAUCACCUACUUUUUAACUAUAAAGUCACUCCAGAAAGAAGCCACUCUGUGUGUGAAUGAUACUGGCUCAAAGACCAAAUUGGCCUCGUUCAGUUUUCUCCCUCAAAGUUCCCUGUCUUCAGAAAAACUCUUUCAGCGGUCCUUGCACAGGGAUCUAGGACUGUCCGGGCGGAGAACUAUGCAGUCUAUCAGUAAUGAACAGAAAGCGUCCAAGGUGCUCGGCAUUGUCUUCUUUCUGUUCGUGGUCAUGUGGUGCCCCUUCUUCAUCACCAACGUGCUGGCUGUCAUCUGCAAAGAGUCGUGUAACGAAAAUGCCAUGGGAGUGCUCCUGAAUAUAUUCGUCUGGAUCGGUUACCUUUCCUCAGCCGUCAACCCACUGGUCUACACACUCUUCAAUAAAACCUACCGCUCGGCUUUCGCCCGCUACAUCCAGUGCCAGUACAAAGAAGAGAAGAAGCCUUUGCAGUUGAUCUUGGUGAACACUAUCCCUGCCUUGGCCUACAACUCUAGUCAGCUCCAGCUGGCACAGAUGAAAAGCCUCAAAAAAGAGGGCAAGAUGAAGGACAAUUCUAAGGUUAGCAGAGGAAAACAUCAUUGCGCUAAUGCGUCAAAGACGAGUCUCGGUCUGGCGGAGGACACGGUCAGCUCUGUGUGAUUGCACUGGACCACUUAUGGCUACUAUGGCAACCGUGAUGUGGCACAUCAAGCAACCGACAAGCUGGGUGACUUGGGAAAGCCAGGCAGGUCCAGUAGAACUGUCAGCAUAACACAAGCCUCAUGUUCUUCUGCCAAUGAAAACCAGGGUUAAAUGCCACAAAUGUGCACUUUUUUUGAAAUGUUCAUAAGGUACUUCAGCUGUUUUAAGCAUAGGCUUUAUUACACUUAUUUUUUUAAUAUCCUAAAUAAUAUAUUUCUUAAAAACAAAUAUCAUUUAUUGUAUUAUACUAAUAAGGGCCCGAAAUAAAUCAAUUUUGCUAUUUUUUAUUUUGCAAAAGAAAAUAUAUUAUUGUGUGGUUUAUUGGCAGCAUGGGAUUGAACUGGUUACUUUAUGCUGUACUUUUUAACCACAAAAUCAUUAAUAGAAAUCAUGGAGAACGAGCACUUUUUAGGGCCAUUUUGACAAAAAGAAAUGUUAGUUUAUCAGUACACUCGUAUAUGUGUUUGUGCGUACGUAUACAUAUACCAUGUACACGCCUUGACAAAAGCACCAAGGAUAAUUAAAUGAAACCAAUGUGGAUUAGAACAAUGGAAUUAUUUCUCGUUAUUUUUUUCAUUCGUAUUCCUUCACGAAUGCUACCCUAAGAUGUGAGGAGUUUCUCCACUCCUAUUGACUUCAUUGAAUUUGAAGUUAAAUAAGAUGUUUUUCUGUUACCCUGUACUGAUAAAAAUUGCUGCUAAUGAGAAUUUCUUCCAGUGCUUCAUCAUACACUUCCCACGUUUUGGGAUUCAUUCAUUCAAAGUAUUUAUUGAGCACUUACUAUGUGCAGAGCACUGGACUAAGCGCUUGGAAUGUACAAUUCAGAUGAGAUUUUCAAUAUGCUUUUGAAAGGAUGUUAAACAUCAACAAAUAUUUUCCUUUAAGUAAUGCAUGCGGCUCCAAGCAGAAUUUUGGCCCUGAUAUUUUUUGUCCUCUCUUUAUUAAACUUGUUCCUCAUUUGAAUGUUGGGUUGUUUUGAAAGAGCUGAGAAACUUGGGUGUUUUCUAAAAGAUUAAAAACGAUCAUUCAAAUGUA